GGACGUCACCGCCGGCGGCUCCUCCCCUCGCGCCUCGGGGCGGCUCGCGCGCCCCAGAGACGCGAAGAUGGCGGCGAGUGACUGCUCCGGUUUCGCGCGCGGCGCCGGCCCUCCGUACAGCGCCCAGCCUCCGACGGCUUUUCCCCUCCCCGCCACCGGAGCCGGCCUCGCCCCGGGACCUGCUGCGACCCCGACGUUUCCCGCGGCCGCCCAGCCCCCCGGGCCUGUCAGCGUGGCGGGGUGUGGCGGGUACCAGCCCUGCGCCAGCUGGCCCCCGGAGCCUGCCCCAGCGCCCAGCGCCGCUCCCUCCUACCAGGACGGUUACAGCCGCAAACCCGCGACGGAUGCCGGCAGCUACGAGAACAAACAGGAUCCCCUGCCCGCUGCCAGCCAGCCUCGGCUCCCGGCCUCGGCAGUGCCGUGCCAGCCAGGGACUAAAGGAACGCAUGUCUGGCCCGGCGGUGGGUACGGCCAAGCGCAGCCCCUGCAGCAGGCGGCCACCGCUAACGCAGGACAGCCAGUCAGCACCCUGGCCCUGAGCUGCACGGAGAACGACACCUGUCUGCCGGCCGCCAGCGCUCUGCCCGCGGCCUCCGUCUCCACCCUGCCUUCCUACACCCCGACCUCCUACAGCCCCACGUCUGCCCUGGACGCAGGACCGAGCCACCCGCGCUGUGACCUGGCCGAGCGCUCGGCAACCGGUCCUCACCGCCCCUCACCGCCGCCCCCCCGGCCGCCCCCCCCACUCCCAGAGCCCAUGGGCUCCCUGUGGGGCGGCCCCGGGAACAGCCCUGGGGCCGGUUCUGCCGGCAGCCUGGCCAGAAAGCCGCCGAAGCCCAAGGGUGGCCCCAGGCAGCCCCUGCUUCACUACUGUGACGUCUGCAAGAUCAGCUGCGCCGGCCCCCAGACCUACAUCGAGCACCUAGAAGGGCAGAAGCACAGGAAGAAACAGGCGGCUCAGAAGAUGGGCACCCGGCCUGACGGCAGCCCGAGCAGGGCGCAGACACAGCUGCGCUGUGGCCUGUGCGCCGUGUCCUGCACUGGGGCAGACGCCUACGCCGCUCACCUCCGGGGGGCCAAGCACCAGAAGGUCUUCAAGCUGCACAGCAAGCUGGGGAAGCCCAUCCCCCCCAUAGAACCCGUGCCGGGGAACUCCAGCUCGGCCACGGCCGCGGGCGCCAGCAGGCCGGCCCCCCUCACCGCGGAGAGUGCCCCCACGGCCUCUGCCAAGCCCACAGCCCCCGCCGGCCCCAGCGCGCAUGCCCUGAGCAAGCCAGGGCCGGCCAGGAGACCGGCGGCUUUGAAGGCCUCGCGCCUGGGGCCCCCCGAGCCGCAGGCAGCGGGCAGCAGACUCCCCGAAGGGGCACACCUCGUAUCAGAUGGGUCUGGGGAACCGCCCACCGGAGGAGGCUCUGCAGAAGCUUCUGGAAGGUGUGAUGUGCAGCCCGUGGGCCCAGGCUACGUGGAGGAGGUGUGUAACGACGAGGGCAAGGUGAUCCGGUUCCACUGCCGGCUGUGUGACUGCAGUUUCAACGACGGCACCGCCAGGGACUUGCAUGUGAGGGGACGGCGGCACCGGCUCCAGUACAAGAAAAAAGUUGACCCUGACCUUCCGAUCGCAGUGGCGCCCAGCCCCAGAGCCCGGAAGGUGCUGGAGGAGAGGCUGAGGCGGCAGAGGCAGCUGAGCAGGAAGCGGCUGGAGGGGAUGCGGCGCUGGCACGCCGAGAUGAGGCGCUACGAUCUAUGUAGGAGGCGACUGGAGGAGGGGCCACAGGCCCAGGAAGAACACCUUGGACCCUCGCCACCUGACCAGCCCCCUCCUUCCCUCCCGAGCAGGCCGGGGGCACCUACUGGCUCACCUCUGCCCACACGGCGGCCGGAGUCCAGCGAUGACCGGCAUGUCAUGUGGAUGCAUGCUGCCAUCUACCCCACGGAGGAGGAGCUCCUGGCUGUCCAGAAGGCCGUCUCCCACGUGGAGCGCGCCCUCAAGCUGGUGUCCGACGUGCUGGCCGAGGAGAGCUCCGGAAGCCCAGAGCAGGAGGGCGGCGAGCACAGCAGCGGCUCCCCCAGAGCUCGGGUCCUGAAGGGCGUGAUGCGGGUCGGCCUCCUGGCGAAAGGCCUCCUCCUGCGGGGGGACAGGACGGUGCAGCUGACCCUGCUCUGCUCGCAGAAGCCCACCCACACCUUGCUGCGGAGAAUCUCGGAGCAGCUGCCCCGGCAGCUCCCGAUGGUGACAGAAGACGAGUAUGAGGUCUCCUCUGACCCCGAAGCCAACAUCAUCGUCUCCUCCCGCGAGGAGCCCAGGAUGAGGGUCGCUGUGUCUGUCACCUCGCCCCUGAUGCGGGAGGACCCUUCCGCGGACCAAGGUAAGAACUGGGCCUUGGGGCAGCAGAGGAAGCAAGGUGGCGACAGUCACGUGAGCUCCAGAGCACCGUCCUCCUCUUCCCUUUGCCUCCGGGCCUGCACGGACGCCUGCUCCCCGCCCCAGGGAGGUCAGCUGUGCUGGGUCCCCGGGAGGUCAGCUGAUUCUGUGUAGCAGGGGCCGCAGGCAACCCCGUGGGUCCUGAGGCCUCUCGUGUGAGACCUGGGGGCUCCAGGGCUUGAGGCCGGUGGGCUGAGUGGGUGGGAAGGGCACUGGGCCAGGCCAGGGGCCGGCAGGGGCCUCAAGCCACUGCUGCGGUGAAGGCCAGCUGCCAGGAACACACCGUGGAUCUCACGGAGCCCCGGAACCUCGUGGAGCAGCCCCCGGAACUGUUCUCCAAACUCCAGUCAUUCCUGAACCCCCUUCACGAUUGUUUUGUCACAGCGGAGGGCCACGAACUUCUAGCGUUCUUCUUUAAACACUUUUUUUAAUGUUUAUUUACCUUUGAGAGAGAGAGAGAGACAGAGCAUGAGCAGAAGAGGGGCAGAGAGACAGACACACACAGAAUCCAAAGCAGGCUCCAGGCUCUGAGCUGUCAGCACGGAGCCCGACGCGGGGCUCGAACCCAUGAACCGCGAGAUCAUGACCUGAGCUGAAGUCGGACCCUUAACCGACUGAGCCACCCGGGCGCCCCUAACGUGCUUCUUUAAAUCAGUUCAUUUUUAUCGCUUAAAUUUUGGGGGAGCAGAACCCUGAACCAUUGGCGGGAACCAUCACCAGUCAUCACGGUCACGUAAGAAAUAACCACAGCGGGAUGAGACAUCGUGAAAUCCUAGCUGCAGGCCCCGCUAGGGUUUGCUCAAACACAUGAACAAGGGCAGUCUGGGAGCGUCAGGCAGUGUGAGCGAUCCGAGGCUCCUAGACGGGUGGGCAGGAGGGCGCCCCUCUGUGUCCCCCACAAGAGUGUCGGGCCCCAGGCUGGCUGUCACCAGAGGGCGACACCGGAGGCGAAAUGCCCUCCUCCCAGACCCACCCCGGACGGUUCCAUCUCAGCCUGAAGCAGUGGCUGGGCUGUGACCCACCCGUGGGGACACCGAUGCGUGAGUGAAGCUGUGUCCCAUCGCCUGACCUCUGUGACCCGGGGCCUCCCGGAGCGAGGGGCGGAGAGCGUGAAGCAGUGGAAAGACCGCAGGAAAAGGCCCCUGAGUUUCUCCCAGAUGCGGGGCCUUUGCCCUCGAGGACGGCACCUGUUCCCGUCCAGCCUGCUCUCUCCCUUGCUGUGAUGCACAUGGAAGCGUCUGGAAAUCUGCUUAGUUCAUAGUUUUCCAUCUGAACUGUGAUUUGCUAACCGAGGGCGUCAGCACUGAAGGUGCUCGGUAACCAGCAUUGCACUCUGUCCUCGUGGGACCUCUCCUGCAGACGGAGAGCAUUUCCACAGAAAUGACUUCUCUGGUCCUUGCGUGGCCUGGAGGAGAGAUGGUCUGGAGCCCAGUGCCUUCCAGAUAACAGGAUGAUGCCCAGGAGGGGCCGGGCCACGUGGCCCAGGGAGGCGAGGGGGGUGGUGAGGGGUGCUGUGCCCACAUGGCCCUUUC